AUGUGCAGCGGAGCCGAAGGUGGCCCCUGGCCUCUGCCGAAAGACGCACCGUCCGUCACCGCCGCCGCGCUCGACCACUAUCGCCUCCAACUUUACAAUUACGCUGUCGCUGAACGUCUUCGACUCUACCCGCCAGCACCAUGCUACGCCCCCUACGCGCCUCGCCUAGCGCUCUCUAUGUCGCUGCUCCAGCAACGUGCACUACAACCAGAGGAACCGAAGCCACAACAUAGCUACAUCGGUCUGAUCGCCAUGGCGAUACUGAGUUCGCCGGAACGCAAACUAGUUCUCUCCGACAUAUACCAACACAUUCUGGACAACUACCCGUAUUUCCGUACGCGAGGACCCGGCUGGCGCAACUCUAUCCGGCACAAUUUAUCCCUGAACGACUGUUUUGUGAAAGCUGGUCGAUCAGCUAACGGAAAAGGUCACUAUUGGGCAAUUCACCCAGCUAAUGUAGAAGACUUUCGGAAGGGUGACUUUAGACGACGCAAAGCGCAGAGGAAAGUGAGGAAGCAUAUGGGGCUGGCUGUUGAUGAUGACGGUGAAGAUUCGCCGUCACCUCCGCCUCAGUCUCCUCCGCCAACUGCCCUUCCAUUGCCAUUUUGGGGUACUGGGAGGCUCCCUGGUGGUGGAACGGCCCGUAAGAGGCAAUUUGACGUCGCGUCACUUUUGGCACCCGAUGAGGCGCCUGAGAAACGUCGACGAGAGAGUAGUGGAGAAGAAGAAGCAGAAGAGGAUAUUGAUGUUGUAGCGAGUGAUCAAGAGGAGCGGGUUGACGAGGAGACACGCUCUCCUCUAACACCGGCCGCGCAUUAUCCGCUGUUGGGAGGUUGGUGGCCGGCUCUGGAUCCUGCACUAUUGCAUCAACUUCGCCGCCAUGCUGUUCACGGUCAAGGAAUCCCUAACUCACCACAAGGUUCCGUCAGCCCAAUCGAUCAGCAACGUCCCCCUGAUACUUAG